AAAUAAAUUUUAAAAAAUCCUUCAAGCAAGAAUGUUCAAAUGGCGCGGGUGUUGAUGUGUAUAAGCGACACACUCCUGGUGCUGCUUCGGAAAGGGAAUCGCGGCCUCUACCUGAGACCCGCGACUCAUGAUGGUCUUGGAAACCCCUCCUGCAUUUAUUUAGCCUGUGAGCACUGUGUUGUUCCUGUGCUGGACUUUGAAGAGAGAUAUAUCGAUGCAGUGCAAUAUGUGCGUGUGAAACCAUGGAUUCAGGACCAUGAUUCCGAGAUGAGGUGAUGGGGCUGAGGGGGCAGAGGGAAGGCUUGGACGUUCGCUGAGGAAGCAAGGAAGGUGCCUGCCCAGUGGGACAGGUGUGGCGGGCAGCGGGACCAAUGGGGAAGUGCCUGUCGUGUCUCAAGGUCCCUCCUCCCGCCCACCAGCAGAACCUCUCACACCAGACCUCACUGCAGCAGCCUCCCCCUCCACUUCGGCAUGAACAUGAGCGAACCAGAGAAGUAAGCGAGAGUGGUAGCAGUCUGAAUGGUGUGGAGGGGCGCUCCCCUGUGCCUCCGCCUGAUGCACAGAGCAAUGGCAGUGGAAAGAAUUCUAUCAUAAUCAGUGCCUCAGAAAAACGUUCAUUUUACUCUAGAAUCCCACCACUGGCCAAGUCAGCAAGCAAUGAAGUGAGAAGAUUAUCAUCCAAGGAUUACUCUGAAGCUAAAAUUAGCAACUUGUUUGAAGUGUAUAAAGAUCAGCAUUGUGAUUAUAUCUUAUCAGAAGGUAUUGAAAACCUCUGUAGAGAUCUUGAUGUUAGACCGGAGGAGUUCAAGGUCUUAGUUCUUGCUUGGAAAUUUGGAGCCGAAACAAUGUGUAGAUUUAGCAGAAGAGAAUUUGUAUCAGGAUGCAAAGCUCUAAAAGUGGACUCCAUUAAAGGUAUACAGUCCAAAUUCUCAGAAAUGCUUAUUGAGGUCCAGGACCCAGAAAAAUUUAAAGACCUCUAUAGAUUCACAUUUAAAUUUGGCCUGGAUGCAGACUCUGGGCAACGAAUCCUACCGUCCGAAAUGGCACUGUUGUUGUGGAAGCUUGUGUUUUCUCAGCGUGAGCCUAGUGUGUUGAAGAGGUGGUUGACAUUCCUCGAAAGACACCCACACAUUCGCGGUAUUCCCAGAGACACUUGGAACAUGUUUCUAAAUUUUACUGAGGCAGUUGGAGAUGACCUCAGCUCAUAUGAUGACACAGAAGCCUGGCCAAGCUUGUUUGAUGACUUUGUGGAAUAUGAAAAUGAUCAGUUGAACCAAAAUAUUUCAAAGGAUCAUAAGGAAGAGAGUGAUUAAUAUAACGUUUCCGCUAGGGUUGUUUCAUGUUUUUAAUCUUCUUUCAUGACAUCGUUGAAGGUCUGCUCGACCUGAUGUUUUUUGCCUAUAUGAAAAGUGCUCAUGGAAUUUAGUUUAGAAGGUGUUACUACUUUGCUGCCAUGACUUUAGUUGUUAAGCUUGGCUGGUGUAGGUUAUAUUGUAUACCAUAACAGAUGUUGGCUUGGAUAUACAAGGUCUGUUCAGAAAGUAUCUGAUGAAAGAAGUAGCUUAGCUUUUGGGUUUUAUUUCUGAUCUCUUUGAAACUAGACUCCUUGUGACUGUAAGCCCAGCUGUCAUUCUAUUACUGGCAAAUUUUGGAAGUCGUGUUUUGGAAUUGGCUGAGUCAUAUGCAUGCACCUAAGACUCAUCCUUGAUGGUCAUGGUCUUAAGGAAGUCAGGACCACUAUUGUCACACUCCAGCACAUCCUGCAUAUCAGUGCAGAGCUGCUAUUGCCUACAUGAAAGGAGCUUGAAUACAAAUUUUGCAGCCACUCUGUCAAAAUAGCAUGUGCAGAAUCAUCCCAGUGUCAUUAACAAUUUCUCAGAUGGUCUUCCAUAUUUAAAUUACACACUUGAUCAAUGACAUGUGGAUGUCAGCUUGUUGGCGGCUGACAAGAGGCUGGUCACUGUCAGCCGAGGUCCAGCUAUCUUAAAACCAUUAAACUAUGUAUUUGGCUAAACUUGAUGCAAUAAUGCAUCAAUGCUCAGUUUGUUGCCAUGGCAUGUAUGGUGAAAAUGGAAUGAGCUUGUGUUACACAGCCACACUUACUGGUAGCAUGGCAGCAAGUAUUUCACUUGGCAAGCCUGCAAAAAAAUUACAUAUGCACAAUAUGGUCUACUACCACUUGGCAUUGGCCUCACCUCUCAGCUUCAGCUGAUUUUUGAGGGAGAAGUAAGUUUGGAUACUUCUUUGAACAGACCUUGUAUUAUACCAAAAUUUGUUUUGAGGGAUUGACUGUCACAAAUAUUCUCUGACAUUAGUAUUCAUCACAAUAGCAAGUGGAUUAGAGACAAGAAGACUUUGCACUGAAGUAAUGAAGUAUGAUCCUGUUUGGAUCAAAUGUGAUAUUUCUACAAAUUUGUGUACUACUUUCAUAUAUGGGGCCGAGUUGUAUUAUAGUCCUCACAUGUAGUGUAAUAUUUACAGUUUGUCUGUUGCAUACACUUAACAUGUUUCAAAAUUUCUUUUAUGUUGUUACCAUAAGAAUCCUAAGGAACAUUUUUAGAAGUCUGCAAAUGACAUAAGUCGCAGUGCCUGCAGCAGACCGCCACAGGUUAACUUAGGCCCUCUAGUAAUAUAUUGGGAUUACAAAGUAACUUUUGCAUGCAUGUUUCUAUUGGUUGAAAGUACUUUAUAUUUCUGUUAUUUUUGCUCAACACUUACCUGUAAUUAUUAGGAAGUUAAUUUGCCCACUGACUGUCCAUGACUAGAUUCUCUUUCAUCAGUUAAGUGUCAUGAGAUUUUAUCACCACUUCCAUAAGAAAUGGCUGUUAUUUUAUUUCUACUGAAGGAUUUUUUUUAUAAUGUUGAGUUGAUAACCACACAGGUUGUUUUUCUUUUUUGCAUACACUCAUCAUUGGAUUCACUUAAAGACUUCAUGGCACCAUGAAUAGUGAAGUGGUGUGUGCCAGCAUUGGCAGACCUGGGCAUGUGCAUCCUUCAAGCUGAUUGAUUAUGAACCAGUCAUAGAGAAAUAACACUGAUGCACUGAAUUGGUCAUAUUGCAAACUUUUGUCUCACGAGGAAUCUAUGACAAUCUUACAGUGUAAUAUAAUUUAAUGUUCUGUUCUUUAUGCUAAUUUUAACUACAUUAAACUUGCACUUCUUUUCUCAUUACAUUGUACCUUAUUUAGCAUUGAUGUCAAGUGACGAGAAGACUCCAAAUUGUACAUAACACAUGGGAUACACUUGUACAUAACUUGAAGAAAUGUGAUUCUGUCUCUUGGUAGCUGAGGAUUGCAAAGCAUUCAGGUUGUUGAAGGUUUUCACUGAUGGGCAAGCAAUUACUCUUCUUGAAUUAUAGAAUAGGGUGUGUGUUGUGUGAAAGGUCACAGCCUUACCCAUAGAGGGGACUAUAUAAGCCCUAAGCCCUUCCUGAAACAGAAUAACUUAUGAUCACAACUCCAGUGUGUGAUCCUGAAGACUGGUGAAUUACACAUGCACGUCCAGGAGAGCAGGGUUGUUGGUCUUCCACUCCUGCUGCACCACACAUAUAUACAGGAGGGCAGGAUUGCUAGCCUUAUGCUUUUGCUGGGCUACAAUGUCACAACUCCACAGCUUGCAUCCUUUACCUUUUCUUUGCUAGUUGACUGAACUACAGUAUGAAAGGAAAUGAGUAAAAUAUCAUCUCUGCCUUGACCAGGAUUCAAAUUUGAGUACUAUCAGCUGUGAGCUGAAUGUGCUAACCCUCACACCACUGGAGUGAUUCACUACAAAGCAAAGGAAAAGUAUUGGUACUGUACUAGUGUUAAGAUACAGAUAAAUAUAAAGCAACUACUUAGACAGUAGUGUCAAGCUUUUUACUAAAGUGAGAAAUGACUGUAAAAAGCUGUUUUGUGAAAAGCAAUUUUGAGUGUUGCAAGCAUGUGUUACCAACGUUUAUUUUCAUUAACUUAUGUACUCUCUUUUAUUUUAUUUUAUUCUCUAAUUUGAAAAAAUGGCAAGAAUUUCAGGAAUGUUUAUGUUAAUACAGCAUCUCAGAAAGUGAAAAUGACCAAAAAUUACAUAAAGCAUAGGAAGCAUUCUUUAAUUACACUGUCAGUCUGCAGUUUAUCAAAUUUGUUUAAUUCAUCCAUUUAUGAUUUGUAAAGGUAUAAAUAUGCUUUUUUUUUUCUUUUCUUUUUUUUUUUUUCUUUUUUUUUUUCCCCUAACAUCUUGAGAGCCGUAUUGAAAUUGUAAUCACCCUUCAGAUCACAUAUCACGCGUAGCUUUAACAGUGUAUUCCUAUAUGAGUGCAGGUUCUUAUCUCAAUUACUUAUAAGCUCAUUAUUUUAGUUACAGCAAUACUGCAGUUUUCAUUUAUGUACUCUUAUAUUUCUUGCUGUUGAUUCUUGAAAUGUUUUAGGGCUAACUUGACAGUGUGGAUUUUUUGUGCUACACUUUUAAGAUUUCUAUAAAAUUUGAUGGUAAUGAAGACGUGGGUUUUUUUCAUAAAGCAGCUUCAUCAAGUUUGAUGUUCCAUAGACUUUAUUUUUAUGAAAAAUAUCUCAUUUAUUUGUUACCAUCAUUUGAAGCUGUAAGUUUUGGAUGUAGCAUCUUGUAGUGGGUGUGAGUUCCUGUUACAUUUAAAAUUUUGUGUUGCUAUCGUAACCACAAAGCAGUUAUUUGUCCACCCAUUGUUGAUUUCAUUGCUUUUUGGGUUGAUGGAUGAGUUUAAGAGUGUUUUAAAUGCUUAAAGAAAUAGUUGUUUAUUAGUAUCUGCACUUGAUAGUGAAUGUUUGAUGUAUGUAUGUGCUGAGUGGACAUUUAUUUAUUAGAUGAGCGUGCAAUUUUACACGAUACAAAUUUAAUAUUCUCAUGGGAUUAAAGUCAAGGAAAAAUGGAUAGACUUUAGAAUAACCAAAGUUGAUGCUAAAAGUGAAAAGAAAACACUGAAUCUCUUUACCAUUAAGUUAUCAUGUGGGAAUAUUUGUACAGCAACAUGACAAGGUCUUUAGACAGGGAUAGCCCUAAUGUUCCUUCUGUGCUUAGUGAUUGCAGACUUUGGAAAUAUUUUUGUACAAUGCUUAUAUUUCAUGCAGAUGUCUGUACCUGUUUAAUAUUGGUAGAAGUGACUCCCUUUUCUUUAUGUUUAUCCAAAGGCUCCUUAGUGAAGCCAGACUUGGUAUAGUUGUGGUAUGAAGUUUAGUAACUUUCUGCUCUCUCUUCUACUAAUUUAGGUUUUCCCUCAAUCUGAAGUCCUCAGAUCUACUGACAAUCUCCUUACAAAACUUGACACUUGAUGGAUUCUCAGCAGAUGAGGGGACUUAACAUUGAGGGAAAACACUAAACACAGUGGAAAUGAGUGAGGCAUGUUACACAGCUAUCAGCCGUCACUGUGCCACACUACAUGGAGUGAUACUCAGCAGGGUUCCCCUCACAGGUUGUAACCUAUGGCAGUCACCUCCUUUCUAUGUAGUGUGUAGUAAAGUCUUCACGAAAAUUGAUUGGAUUCUUGUUAGCUGCUGCAUUAGGAUAGGAGGUAGUUUAGAUGGAUAUAGUGUGAAAUUGUGUGAAACCUACAGGAUGGAGAACUGAUCCCCAGGGCACAUUGUAAUAUGUAGAAAUUGUAACUUAUUUUUGCCAUUAUUUAAUUUGUUUUUAAAUCUCAUUUGGUUAUAAUUGCACUGUGUGCUUGUAAUGUGUAGCACUUUUUGUCAUUAAGAAUUAAGCAUGAGUAAAUUUACAGUCUGUUUCUGUAUAUGUGGUCUGAUAUGAUCAUAGUUUGCUGUGGCAUUCAAUUGAUUAGCUGUUCAUGUUGAAAGGUGAACCUUUAAUAUAUUAUAAAAAAGGAAAUUGCAUGAAGCAAGAAUCUUCUAGUCAGAUGCCAGUCACAUUUAUACUGAAGAGAAAGAACUUUUGAUAAAAGAAUAAUAAUAAUUAAACUAUAUUUACUCUUGGCAGGCAAAAAUGUGGCCCUGGUAAUGUUGCACACUCCAUUAUUGUAAAUGUGAGAACACUGAAGUCAGAGAAAAGUGCACUAAUAGAUUGAAAUAGUUAUGCAGUGUAGGAAGUGAGUGGCAGUAGAUGUUUGGGAAUGGCAGGGUUAUUAGAAGUCAGCAAAUUUCAUUCAUUAUAUCUCAAGCAGUAUAACAAAUAGUAGGAUACAAAUGGAAGAGCCUUUGAUAAGAAAGGAUGAGGUGCUGGGAGAUCUAAUUCUCUUUGUAAUCAUCCUCUUGAGUUUGAUACGAAGGACUGGUGUCAUUGUUAGACUAGAAACACGAGAUGAGCAGAGGAUCUAAGGGUUCAGAUCUUAUGUAAUGCAUUCUCUUGUAAUUCAAAACUUUAUGCAAACUUGUAGCAACGUUACCCAUAUGGGAAAGUACUCCCUUUAGGGCAAGGAGAAAUGUAGAUAACUAUUAGUAUUACUUUAUUAUUUAUACACAUUAUUUUUAACUCAAGUAAAGAAUAUUAAGAACUUCAUGAUUCUCACUUGAUCAUAAAAUCAGGCUGGUGAACCUGUAUCUGACCGAUUGCUUUUUUUUUUUUUUUUUUUUUUUUUAUAAAUAACUUUAAAAAAUGCAGAAAGUAUGUACUGUUAAAAUUCUGGAAAACACUCAUGCAGUCAGUGCUUCAUGUAAUGCAUCUUUUACUUCCUGGUCAACAUGUUUGUUUUCUGUACAUAAGUGAGCAUAAGUUGAUGUUCACCUACAGGGAAAAAUGUAGGGCUGUAUGUAAACUUUGGCAGCUUUAAAUACACUUUUAAUUGGUUCCUUAUGACAUGUGUCCAGUGCUUAGAUAUCUUUCAGUAUACACACACACACACACACACACACACACACACACACACACACACACACACACACACACACACACACACACACACACACACACACACACACACACACACAC